AUGGUUGGUAACGUUGCGGAUGAAUUUUCAGCCCUUACCGUCUUUGAAGAUGAAUCAGGGGUUGGCAAAAUAUGGAAAGAUCUAUUUGAAACUGAAGAUGUAGACGUGCGAGUACCAGAAGUGCUUCAAAUGCUUGCAGAGCCAGAGUUACCUGUGGACAAGCGUUUGCCGCUGGCUCUGAUUGCUCUUGUAGAUGGUCUGUUAGUCUGUGGUCACAAACAGAUACGAGUCAAGCAGUCGUACGUCAGAAUGGUUGAAGACCCCGAAGAAUUUCUUCAAUAUAGUUGGGGGAGAGCAGCAUUUCUCACGACUUUGUUUAGAUUGACCCCGCCUGCAGCUGCAUCUCCUGCACAAAAGGCUAAAUCCCUUGAGGUCAUGCGAGAGCGGCUCAAACAGAAAACCACAGCAUGUUCUGGUUUCCCUUUGGCGCUGCAACUGUUGGCUUUCAAAACAAUCCCAGCACUUUUGGCAAGAAUUCCUCAAGCUGAAAAGAUGACAAAUUUUUUGGAAGAUCCUGAGGGAUGCAACACAACAAAUACACUUCUACAUUUCGAAGACAUCAUUGAAGUUGAAACCGAAACCGAGGUACGAUUUAUUGAAGUCACCAUUGUGUUGAUGUUGUUACCAGAUGAAGGUGGUGAUUUCAAGUGGGAGGACAAAAUCGAAGACCCCACAGUUCAGAAGUUAGUUGGUUUGAUGCGUGGAGGCCACAAGUUUCAAACCUCGGAUUUCGUUGGUGGUGAUUCCUCCCUUCCGCCUCUUAUUGGUACUUCCAAAGUGACAGGGCCUGGUGUUACAAAAGAGUGUCCACAGGAGAGACGACGAUUUCGGAAAAAAAUUGAAGAACCAGGGUGUUCGAGUCAACCGCAGCGUCGUCCAUUUCGUCCCCGGCGUGGUGUUGGUGUAGAGCCUGAAUCUACAGACAGUGGAGAAAUUAAUGAGGAGCUGAAAGCAUGGAUCUGUGGUGAGCUUAGCACACGUAUUUGA